GGGAAGCCCACCAAAGCUCACAACAGCCCUUCACUUAUUAUCUGCUUAUUUUCUGGUCUCAAUGACCACACGCGGUGUUGGUCAGCAAACUGCACCAUCGACUCCGAAACGUCCAUCCAAGACGGCUUCGUCGCAGUCGCUCAAUCAUCUCCUUAACUUCUCUCUUCCUCCCAGGCAGACUCACCAGCUGCAGAGUCUACCCAGGAGGAGCAGAAGACAUGGCACCAACCAGGCUGUCUGGAAUAAGGAGCGGUUCGUUAACGCACAAUAUAGAUUUGUUAUGAAUCCCAACGGGGACUACACUGUACACUUUGCUGAUCCGGACAUCUACUUUCAAUGGCACGAUAUCUUACAAAUCAUCAUUCCUCGCAAAUCGGCAUUUGCAUCUGCUGCAGGCGGCGAGCAUUCACUCUCUCAACAGGCCGAGGGACACACCACUUGUCCCAUCUGCCUCUCACCGCCCACCGCACCCAGAAUGACGAAAUGCGGUCAUGUGUUCUGCUUCCCCUGUAUUCUACAUUAUUUCAGCACGUCGGCCAACCCAAAGUGGAUCCGAUGCCCCAUCUGUUUUGAUACCGUCAACGAGAAGCAACUCAAGAGCGUACACUGGUUCGAUGGACCCUCACAAUACGAAGACGAAGCUGACGAGCCCCAUCCCGAGGCUUCUUCCUCAUCGUCCUCUCCCGAUAAUGGCCGUGGUCUGAACGGUUCUACUCUUCGCAUGCGCCUCAUGCAGAGGCCUCAGAUAACGACAUUGGCCCUCCCACGCUCGCCCACCUGGCCUUCGGAUUUAUUACCACCUCAUCAGGCUCCAUUCCACUUCCUUCCGGAUGUCUACACCUACUCCAAGUUCAUGCUCGCCUCGCCUACCUAUCUCGUUGAGAAUCUGACUCGCGAUCUAGAUGACUUGGCAGUCGAGCGCAGAAUGCUAGCAUCCUUGGGAGAUAAUCUGAGUCUGAUGUUCAUUGAGGCGGCGGAAUCGAAGGUACAGGUACAGGUCGCAAAGGCUACCGCCCUCGAUACGGACGUGUUGAGGAACUCGAUCGACAGAGCUGUCCAGGUGCAGCAUGAUAUUGAAGCUCGGGUUUCUCACCAUAAUAUGCGGAGGAAACUCGAGCAAGAGGCUGCCGCCGUGGUCACUAAUCCCGACGCGUCAGAAGUCCCGCAGGCGUAUCUGGCCACACGCGCAUCACCCUUCAACACAGUCCCUGCUGUCGAUAUCUCUGCUCCGACUCAGUUUCCUCAGUCCCCUCAAUCGCAACCCCAAUCCCAAUCCCAGCGUAAUCCACGUCAACGUAGGAAUUUGAAUCCACCUCCUCCCUCGACCUCGACGUAUUACUACUACCAAGCCGCGUCCGGCAUGCCGAUCUUCCUCCACCCGCUCGACAUCAAGAUCCUCAACGCGCACUUCAACGGCUACGCCUCCUUCCCCGACUCGAUAACCGUCCGCGUCGAGUCCUUCGCCGAAGGCUCAGUCAACGACGAUCUCCGCAAACGAUGCAAGUACCUGAGCCACAUGCCCGAAGGCGCUGACGUCGUCUUCGUCGAAGCCGAUCUCAGCGGUGUCGUCGGUGCGGACGGCCUACGGAAUUUCGAGGGCGCGUUGAAGACGAGGAGGGCGAGGAGGAAGGAGAAGGGGAAGAAGGAUGAUCGGGCGAAGGCUAAGGCGGAGGAGAGGGAGAAGGAGAGGUUGAAUCAUGAUUUUGGAGCGGGAAGGACUUGGAGGACGGGUGCGGAGGCGGAGGUUCAGGCGUUUGGGUUUGAGGUUCCGCGGGAGAUGAUGGUUGAGGAUGUGGAGGUGGAGGCAGAGGAGGAGACGGUGGCGCCGCCGCCGCAGAAUGUCAGUGGAGCUUGGGGAUCAAGAAGUUUUGCUUCGGCUGCACAUUCGGGAUCUGGAGGAGGAGAGACAAGGCCGGCUGGCGCUGGUGGGCAGAGAGCGCCUAGGACUUUGAGGGACGAGCAGGAUGAAUGGGAUUUGGACUUUGCAUGGCAUGAGAUGGAGCAGAGGGCGAGUGGAGGAGCUGGUGCUGGAGGAGCUGUAGGCGGGAGGAAGAAGAAGAGUAAUAAGCUGGUAGUACUGGGCAGUGGGCCUGGCAGGCGACGGUAAGAUCCGUCUUCUCGUCGGUACGGUGUCUAUAUUCGAGAGCGGUGUACGAUAAAUAGUAAUGGCAUUGGAAGUAUGACGAAGACUUUUGAGGAUCGACCAUUCUCUCUGUAUGGCUCUAAACCGAAUACUGAGGACUGGUGAGUCUCAUCUUUCGUCGUGCGCAGUUACCUUGAACUAUUUCAGGCUGUCGCUUUACUGGUAUUCCCGUUGUUUAUUGUCGUUGUCGAGUCGCAAAUGAAGAUGGGAAACACUCAUACAUACAUACACGACUUGUUGAUGUAGCAACAGCUCGUUUUAACACAUUGCUAUGGCAAUCAAAGUGGUUUCCGAC